AUGACUGGUAGUACGAACAUCCCACGAUGCUGUCAUACAGCAUCAACACUCACGAAUGGGGAAGUCUUAGUUGCCGGUGGAUGUGGAGAAAUUGUCAAUAGAUAUACCGCAGAAUUGUAUGAUCGGUCAAUCGGCAUUUGGACAAAGACGGGCAGCAUGAAUGUUCCGCGAGAAUAUCAUACAGCAUCGAUACGUAACAAUGGGAAAGUCUUAGUAGCUGAUGGAUUCAAUGCUGACGCCGUUGAUUUUACGGCCGAGCUAUUCGAUCCACCUACAAGACUUUUGACACUGACUGGCCAAAUGAGCAAUGCCCGUGCUUUUCAUACAGCAAUCGCUCUAGCAGAUGGAAAGGUCUUAGUUGCUGAUGGAGAGGACAAUAAUGGAUUUACGAAUAGUGCAGAAUUAUACGAUCCUGAAACAGAAGUUUGGACAGAGAUCGGAAACAUGAAUUUCUCACGACGACAGUUUACAUCAUCAAUACUAAUGAGUAGACAAGUCUUGGUUGCAGGUGAAUAUAAUUCAAAUGUUAACAUUUUGAGUAGUCUAGAAAUAUAUUCAUCAAUCUAG